AUGGCCAGAACUAAAGCCCAAAUAAGAGAGGAGAACCGUAGGAAAAGCAAGGAGAGCUAUCAUAGAAACAAGGAGUCAAUCAAUGCACGACGAAGGGAGAAGUACCGGGCCUCAAAGGCCACGAAAGCUAAACGGACGAACAGUACUGCAACCAAAAUAAACGAUAAGCCCAAGGGAAGGCAGGCGACGACCCCUGGCGGUGCUGUAGAAAAGCCUGUUAACAGCAGCGAGCGCCUAAUUAUGCUCCGCGUCAAUCACGCCUGUGAGAUGACUCGCGAGCUCGGGAAGAGGUUGGUCUUCCUGUGUGGACGUUCACCCCGAUGUUUCUUGGAAACGGUGUGCUCCAAUUUCGCCACCAAUUACACGGUCAAUCCCAAGGCAGCCCGUACGACAAUCUCCAACCACCUUGAGAAGUUCCUCAAAAUCCGAGAUCAGGUCUCAGCCCACCAGGCUACUGUUUUGGAGUUGGAGGGCAUAACGGAUGCAUGGAGGUCUAUUGAGGCACUCAUGGACCCUCUGCGCAAGAUUUGCAACUCGCUGGAGGAAAUCGAAUGCGAGGCGGGGAUCGACGCAAAGAUGCUCAUUGAUGACUUCGCGAACGGGGAACUUGGGUUUCAGAGGGAUGUCAUCGAGUUACCAAAGUAG